UCCUCCAGGUCCCCCUCCCUCGAUUUUGCACACGCUGUAGAGACAUUUCGUUUCCAGCUACCAGACCGACAUGCAGAACUUGUGUGCCUCCUCAGAGCCUUUCGGAUGAUCCACACUCGAUCGGGCGAGGAUUUUUUUUCCGCUAUGAGGAGACCAUCGUUUGUUAGAACGUCACACGAGCUCAGGAGCGCUGGCUUCCUGCACCGCGCCUCGCCCGCUGCGCCGCUGCGUUUUUCCUUUUAGCUCUCCGAGUUCCGCGCGCUGCAACACCGCACCACAAUGAUUAGCAAAGUGAAAAACGCCAUGUCCUCGCUGGUGGGCGGCAUCGUCCCGCACGGCCACCACCACCACCACCAUCAUCAUCCUCAGCAGCAGCAGCAGCAGAGCGGAGCGGACUCUCUGCCCCCGCGCUUCCCGUACGCGCGGCCCGACUUUUUGGAGCUGAGCGCUGAGUUGGUGCAGUACGCGGCCGAGCACGCAUCCCGGCCCGUCAUUAUACUCCGGAGAGACGCCAAGAUGCCCUGGCGCACUGGAUAUGCAGAGGUGAUAAAUGCAGGAAAGAGUAUGCUGAAUGAGGACCAGGCCUCGUGUGACGUGCUAUACGUGAAGAAGCUCACUAGCAAACAGCAGCGUGCCUCCGUGCUACUAGAAGACAGUGGGGACACCACAGGUAUCCCGAUGCACUUCUGGGGUGUAUUUGAUGGUCACGCCGGUACUGGAGCCGCGCUCAUGGCCUCCAAACUCCUCCAUCGUCUCAUCCGAGACCGUUUGUGUGAAGUAGCCCAUCUUUUGGAGAAUCAGAGCAGCCCACCACCCAUCUGCCUAGCUAAGAACGGUAGUCCUUAUCAGGCUGAGCAAAAGAAGGGAUCCUGCAUGGAUGCAGAAGACCAGGAUGGGCCUGUAGAUCCCAUCGCUCGGUUCCACAUGGAGAAAGUUGUCAAUCUGGAAAGCCUGGUGAUGGGAAUCAUAGAGAAUGCCUUCAAACAGAUGGAUGACCUCAUUGAAAAGGAGAAGGCAUCUUACAGCAUUUCUGGAGGAUGUUGUGCCUUGACUGCUGUGCAUUUGUUAGGGAAACUCUACGUAGCAAAUGCAGGUGACAGCAGAGCCAUAAUUGUUCGCAAUGAUGAGAUUAUUCCCAUGUCUAAUGAGUUCACACCGGAGAGUGAGAGACAGCGGCUGCAGUACCUGGGAUUCCUUAAACCAGAACUGCUUGGAAACGAGUUCACACACAUUGAGUUUCCCCGACGCAUUCAGCACAAUGAACUAGGCAAGAAGAUGUUAUUUAGAGACCACACCAUGACUGGGUGGGCAUAUAAGACAAUUAUUGAAGAUGACCUCAAGUUCCCCCUAAUUUAUGGAGAGGGGAAAAAGGCCCGAGUCAUGGCCACGAUUGGAGUAACACGUGGUUUAGGUGAUCAUGAUCUGAAAGUGUACAAUUCGAACAUUCAUAUCAAACCUUUCCUAUCCUGCUGUCCAGAGGUGAAAGUAUACAAUAUUUCAGAGCACAAGCAUGGCUGUGAUGACGUCCUCAUUAUGGGCACUGACGGAUUGUGGGAUGUGACUUCUGAUCAAGAAGUAGCAGAUGCAGUGACAAAAUUUCUGUCCUGCUGUGAGCCUAAUGACCCAAUGAGGUAUACUUUGGCUGCUCAGGAUCUCCUAAUGAGGUCUCGUGGUGUUCUGAAAGAGCGGGGUUGGAGGCUGCCCAAUGACAGACUGGGAUCAGGCGAUGACAUAACAGUGUUUGUCAUCCCAUUGGCUGGGGCCGAGUCAGAGACAUGAUAAGGCAGAUCAGUUCCUCUCUGGUGAGCAAAUCAGGACACGGCGCUAAUUUGCGCCGGCUGAGGAAGGGGUGCAAUACCAAAAAAUCCAUUCUCACUUGAGCUGAAGGGAAAGACGUACGCAUUGCUCCUCUUCCUCCAACUUCCUCCGAGGAAUCAUCUCGACUCUUACCUCUUCUUAUCAAGCCCGGGAUGACAUCAUCAUUAAGUGCCACUCUUCUCACUCAACAUUUCUCACAGAUUUACUGUGAAAGACUUCAGAAUUCACAAAGCCGCUGUGAUAUACAGUAUAUACUCUGGAAGUCUAUUUGGGUGUGAGCCACGAUAAGAAGAGAGAUUACUGCUAGGUGAAUAAACAGGGUCUUUUAUACAGGACCUGAAGAAGACCGAGGAAUGGGACACUGGUGAAAUGAGAUGAAAUCUUGAUGAUUAAGGAUGUAUAGAUGAAAGCACUUUAUCUUUAGGCAUAAACUCAUCAUCCUGUAAUUAAACAAAUUCUCCCUCAGCUCAUUUAAAUGUCUCCAAAGAAUGUGUCUAUGUAAACACAUGCAUUUCAGAGACUUUGCAGCAGCUUUAUUAAGAAACAAAUGUUCACCAACAAAAGAAGGAAAGCACAAUUUUCUCAUUAGUCCUGAUAAUGACAGGGUCAAACACAUCUCCUUUGGAAAGGAACAAUAAUAUUGUGAUUGAGGCAAUUGUGUAGAAUUGUAUUGUGGCACUUAUGGGCAGUGGUAGCUCGUUGGUUAAGAUGCUGGACUACUGAUUUGAAGAUCAUGAAUUCAAAUCCCAGCGCCAUCAAGCUGCCACUGCUGGGCAAGGCCCUUAACCCUCAGCUGUUCAUUUAUAUAAAUGAGAUAAAAUGUAAGUUUCUCUGGUGUCUGCCAAAUGCCAUAAAUGUAAAUGAGACAUACUACUGUAACCAUGACAAAGCUUCUGGAAAUUAGUGGCCAUCAUUUCAACUCUUGCACAUUUGACUAAACCCGGGUUCCCUACCUCUCCACAAAGCCAUGUUCACAAUGAACCUAAAAACUUGCAAGGAGGUGGAUUUUUGAUUAUAAUCAAACCCAGAUGCAUUAUUUGUGCACACUACUUUUCACUUAAUCUGUAGUUUAUGGGCUAGCUUUUUUCUGAGCCAAGUUUAGAAGCUUAUUAUAUAUUGAGAAUCCCUAUUAAAGCAGCUUUUAGUCCAAGAUCAGCACUUAUAUGGAACCUAGAAACUUACCGUUCAUGAUGAAUUUAUUAUUAUAAUAUAUUGUUACUAUAACAUUCACCUGACGUACCAUAUUUGUAAAAAUGGGUUGAAAAGGGUUUUAGGUGGCAGCUAGAUUACUACAAAUGAUGUUUUAAUGCCAACACAUCUCAACAUUAGAACCAAGGUCCUGAACAUCAACACCUGAACUUUAUUUCAAUAUACCAUGCUUAAAUGAUCUUGAAGUGAACAACCAAUUGUGAAUAUAAAUCUGAACAUUUGAACUGAUGGCUGACUGCUAACAAACUUUAUUUUUUGCUAUAACAUGUUUAGUUGCAUUACCAAUCCUGCUGACUGUUUUAUCAUUUGUCAAGCUGUAACACCUAAGCAACUGUGAUUCCUUCACAAUAAAUCUCCCAUCUUUGAAUAAAUUA